UGUCCCAUUGUGGACAUUUCCCUUUACUUCAUGUUUCAUAGCCAAAACAGGAAGAAUGGAAAUCCCAGCAAAGUGAGCAAAUUGUUGGUUAUCACCAGGGCUACUAAAACUAGUUUCCCGUUGGAAGAUUUCCCUUCUAUUGCUGUUCUGGUGACAACAAAAAAAAAUUAGCUUUCAGUUAUACAGGGGGGCAGACUGACAACUCAUGGGGCCCCCAGGCAAUAGGGGAUCAUGGGGCCCCUGUGUCCUUGCCCAAACUCAAAAAAAGCCUAUGAAAAAGGUACCAGGGACAUCUCAUGGGGCCCCCUACUGACCCCGGGCCCUCGGGGGCAGUGCCCGAGUUUCCAAAUGAUCAGUCCGCCCCUGAUCACCCCUAUCUGGACAAC